UAAGAGUCACUACCCCGUAACGAGCAGCAUGGAAAUUUACUGCUCUAGUCAUUGCUGGAUAUAACUGAACAGUUGCUGAGCACAGCUUGCGCACAGUCGGUGCCUUUGCCAAGUCUUCCUACAGCCGUAUGCUUUCCUGCGAACUAUUGACAGAAACCAAUUUUCGCUUCGAUUGGAACUCAUUUUAAAUUGAGAGAUAUUGUUUGAAAUGCUUGUUUUUUUGGAGUCCCAUUUUGAAGUUGAAAGGGAAAACUACAUUGUACGUGAACACGAAUGUUGAACGAGUGUUCUAAUGGUGGAUAAAAUGCUUUCGUUCGGACUUGGAGUGUGCAUAACCAGCAAAUGACGUGAUCUUUUCAUUUUGCGUGGAUUUCUGUUGACUACUCAUGUAUCACUGACUCUGUGGAGGGAAUUCGUGAUCUUUUUUUUUUUUACGUCUUCCGUUGGGAAGUCCGGGAAAUGGGACAGACCCAAUCCAAGGAGGACUUUUCACCCGAGUUGUAUCUCCGAAUGAAUAGCACCCGCGCAUUCAGGGCGUCAUGGUUGAGAAAAGAGGGUGCUAUGAAACAUUGGAAAGAGGAAAAAGAGAACGGUGCAAUAUACAAUGUCUACCUCAAGAAAGUCCGCUAUAGACACUCGGUCCCGUCCAUCGUAGAAGGGGCGACCCCGGAACAGAACUCGGGCUUGGAAUGGGAGACAGUGAAAGUCAAGACCAUCAAGGCGGCACCCCUGGAGAAACUAGCGGAGCAUCUACCAGUAGCGCUGCAGGAGAUGGACUCCAGCUACAUCAACAUCUUCUUCUGCACGUACCAGACCUUCACCAACCAGAUGGAGGUGCUGAAGAUUCUACUGGAUCGGUACAAGAACCACAAAAUCGGCAAUUUAUCGAAGGAAAACACCCAAAAGAACAUCCGUUCAGUCAUUUUGAUGUGGUUGGACGAGAAUUUGGAUGACUUUCGGGAGCCUCCCAACUACCCCUGCCUCAGCCUGCUGCAAGACUUUGCCAGGGAGGUCUUCGAUCUGGAGCUGGGGGAACGAGCGAGAAGGAGGAUGGAUUUCUUCAAGGAGGAAGCUAAGGAAAAUGAGAUGAGCAAUCAGUUGGCAUUCCAGGCUAGCAUGUGCGACGAAGUGGACGGCGUUAUGAUGGACAACAUGUUCAUGGACAUCAAAAACGUCAAGAGCGGGCUUCUGGCGCAACAACUCACCUAUAUGGACGCAGACCUGUUUAGGAAAGUCAAUCUACAGCACUGCCUGGGCGGCAUGUGGUCGCGGCGCAGCAAGAAAAUAGACAGCUAUCACGACGUCGCCUCGGUUAAAGCGACGGUGACGCAGUUCAACGACGUCUCGAACCGCGUGAUGACGACCGUCAUCGAGGACAAGACGAUGAAACCGCACGACCGGGCGGCCAUAAUCAAGAAGUGGAUCGAAGUGGCGCAGGUGUGUCGAGAGAUGAAGAACUUUUCCUCGGCCAAAGCGAUCAUCUCUGGACUGCAGACCCACCCUGUUUACCGGCUCAAGAAAGUCUGGAACGCAGUACCAAGGGCACAUGUUCUCCUCUUUGAAGAUCUCGCCAGUAUAUUCAUGGACGACAACAAUUUUGAAAUGAGUCGAGAACUUCUGAUGAAGGAGGGAACGGCCAAAUUUGCCUGCGUAGACUCCCCCCGGAUUUCCCGGAAGCCGAUCCUAAAUCUGGUGCGCAGACUGAGCCACGAGAAAGCCACAGGCCACAGACGAGAACAGGCUCGUAUGCACGGCACUGUGCCCUAUCUAGGCACGUUUCUGACGGACCUCAUCAAGAUCGACGUGGCCAACCCAGACACGAUCGGGGACGGCCUCAUCAACUUCGAAAAGAAGCGGAAGGAAUUUGAGGUGAUAGCCCAGAUCAAACUCCUUCAGAACGCGGCCAAAAAUUACUGCAUCAAUCAGUUGUCGGAAUUUGUGGACUGGUUUACAAAUAUGAACGUCAUGACAUACGCAGAGUGUUGUGAUGUUUCUGACGAGAUCGCAGGAUCAACGCCAUCAUCAUCCCCUAUGUUCAGCACGCCCGACAGAAAAGGCAGUGCUUUCAGGCGGUUUUUCAGCUACACAGCCGAAGACACGACCAAGAGCCACCGCAGCAGCAGCAGCUUGAGCAGCACCAGCUCCACAGGUUCAGCCGGCUCAGCGGACACCCCCCUACUAGAAGAUGGUAUGAGCUUCUCCAGCGAGAACUCCCCAGCCACGUCAAUGAACGGCGGGGAGAAUCCACGUCUGCGGAGGGUGGAGAUGAGGAAAACCACCUCGGGGGUGAAGGAAAAGGAGAAGCUUGUCCGCAAGAUUUCAGCAUCUUAUUCCAUGACGGACCUGACACAACUCAUCGUCCCCGAAAAGCACAAGACCCCCGAACCCUUCCCCUCCUCGUCCUGUCGCAUCAUCAGAGUCUCGCUAGAAGGCAGCGAGGGUAACGUCUACAAGAGUAUCGUGAUCACGCAGCAGGAGCACACGCCCUCGGUUAUCCGAACUGCAGCUGAUAAACACAAUUUGCCUCCUGAAGAGAACCUGUCCGAGUUCAUGCUGGUGCAGAAUCUGCCCAUGGGAGAACUUCAUAUACCUGACAAUGCCAAUGUCUACUAUGCAAUGAACACCAACGCCGAGCCGGACUUUAUGCUGAAGAGAAAGCCGCCGCCGGGCGCCGUCAUCAAACGAAACAUCACCAAGUCCCGACGGACGAGAAAGUCGUGGAUACGCGACAGCCACGAUUCGUGACAAGACAAUUUGUAA